GGGCGGGGCGGGGCCAGGCAGAAGCCGGAAGUAGGUCGGGUAGCGGAAGCAGUGAGGGCUGCUGAUCAGCUGAUGGGACAGGGAGCGGGAAGGGGCCGGGAUGGAGCGGGUUAACUCGGGGAGCAGCUCUGACUGGGAAGAGGAGGCGGAGUCUGGGCCGGGUACAGAACCCCAAUGUCCCCCACAGGAUUCGGGGCCCCGGAGGAAUCUGGCAGCUUUCUGGUUGCUGGGUCUGUGCAAUAACUUUGCGUACGUUGUGAUGCUCAGCGCUGCCCACGACAUCCUCAGGACUCAGAGCAACGAGACCGCUACGGUGACUGUCUCCAACUCCUCCAGCCAAUACGACUGCAACCAGAUCUCCACUGCUGCAGUGCUCCUGGCCGACAUCCUACCGACAUUACUCAUCAAGUUCACUGCUCCCUUCUACAUCCACCUCGUCCCCUACAAUUACAGGGUGUCUCUGUGCAUUCUCACAGCCGCUGGCAGUUUUCUCAUUGUGUCCUACUCCACUCAGAUUGCAGUCAGUCUCCUGGGAGUCGUAUUCGCCAGUGUAUCGUCGGGAUUGGGAGAAGUGACCUUCCUCAGCCUCACUGCCUUCUUCCCCAGCAAUGUGGUCUCCUAUUGGUCGUCUGGCACCGGAGGGGCCGGGAUCCUAGGGGCCCUCUCCUAUUUGGGUCUGACAGAGCUUGGCCUCUCCCCUCGGAACUCCCUGCUGGUUAUGCUCACUAUCCCCGCCCUGCUGUUAGUAAGGGAGGGGGCAGCAGCAGGGGCUAGAGGUCAUGGUACCAAGUCUGUUCCAUUCAUGGUUCCUCCUCUUCCUCCCAGUUAUUUCUUCCUCCUGCUCCCCCCGCCCUCCCUGCCCCGUUGGACCCCCCCCAGCAGCACCAGCAGCCCCCGGGCGCCGGACCGACAGCCUCUUGUAGCCGGACAGUCACAUGACAGUACAGGUGGAGUCGUCAUUCUGGGACUCUCUGAGAAGUGGAAGAUUAUUAAGUCUCUCCUGAGAUACAUGAUCCCUCUCUCCUUAGUCUACUUCGCAGAGUAUUUCAUUAACCAGGGCCUGUUUGAGCUGAUCUAUUUCCCAGACAUCUCAAUGAGCCACUCGGAGCAGUACCGCUGGUACCAGAUGCUGUACCAGGCCGGGGUAUUUGUGUCCCGUUCCUCCCUGCGCUGCGUCUCCAUCAGGAGAAUCUGGAUCCUCUCCGUCCUGCAGAUGUGCAACGCCAUCUUCCUCCUGGUGGGGGUCUCGUACCUCUUCCUCCCCAGUCUGGGGCUGCCCGUCAUCUUCCUCGUUAUCAUAUUUGAGGGGCUCCUGGGAGGAGCUGCCUACGUGAACACCUUCAAUAACAUCUCAGUGGAGAGUAAGGCGGAGCAUAAAGAGUUUGCAAUGGCGGCUGCCUGCGUCUCCGACACACUGGGAAUCUCUCUCUCCGGGGCCAUCGCUAUUCCUGUUCACAACUACUUCUGUGGUCUCCACUGACUCCGCCUCCCGGUGUCCCCGGUGGGUUCUGACCCAACUGUAACUGCGCCUUGGGAGCCAUAGUACGGCCAAUCAGAGGAGCAGCACCCUGAAAUGGACUGAGCUCUAGAACUGCCGAUUGUUUCCCAGAAGGCUUUGCUUCCCAGUGUUUGACUGACGCUGCUGUGGGAUACGUUGUUUUUAAUGUUUACAAAUCCCUAUGUAAAUACACUUGAUUUUCUACCGUA